AUGGAGACCCCAACUGUUAAAAUCAUCUCAGAUUGCUUCGUCAAACCAAAAUUUUUAUCAGAAGAGGCUAAAAAGCCCAUUUACUUGUCACCAUGGGAUCUAGUCAUGGUAAAUGUGAAUUAUAUCCAAAAGGGUCUGCUUUUCCACCGGCCGGAAAAUCAAGAUUUCUCCAUAACCACAUUCUUGGAGGAGCUCAAAGACUCUCUCUCCGCCACGCUUACUCAUUUCCACCCACUCGCCGCCCGUUUAGCCACCGUAAAACAAGAAAACCCACCUUCCAUUGUUGUGUUCUUGAACCCUGAGAACAGCCCUGGAGCCAGAUUUAUCCAUUCGGCUGUUAAUUUAACGGUGGCGGAGAUACUUACGCCGGUCGAUGUCCCGGUGAUUGUUCAAUCGUUUUUCGAUCACCACAAAAGCUAUCGAUCACGACGGACAUGA